GCUCAUUUUGACUCACUCAUAACCUGUGCCAAAAGCUCGUCUUAUUCGAAGAAUUUGCAAGGGAUAUCUUAAAGCUUCACACAUCUAAAAGACAUUGAACACUAAAGUUUGUGUUUGUGUUUCAAUAUCACAUUGGACAGGUCAAGAAUAAUUAUGUGGUCCGCAUGAUGUACAAACAGGUUACUUAUUGUGAAUAUAAUGGAUGAACUGGUAACAGAUAAAGGACAACACAAUUGGAUAAAAGCGGUUCUUGCCUUACUAUGCGCAAAAUUAGUACUUUUACCUUUUAUGAAAAAACAGUGCGAAAUACAGUACUCAAAUAGUAAAACAUGUGUCAACAAGUUUUGCAAAUUGUCUACUUAUUCGUGCAACACAUGUGUGAUUGAAACAUUGAAACCGUACCACGAAACCAACUCUUGUCCACUAAGGGCUCGGUACAGAAGGGGAAUCAAACAUUGCAAUUGUAUGACAAAGAAAACAAUUGCAUGCCCUAUGGAUAGCUCGUGCAGUGUUUUAUAUGAUUUGAUUUUAAAGGAUCACAAUGAAUUAGAACCGAAAUGGACCAACUCAGAAUGUAAAAAGUGGUACUUAAAUGGAUGGGAGCAAUUGAAAUGUUUCAUACAGAUACCUGGAUAUAAGGACAGAAUCAAUAUUGAAGACGCUGAUAUAACAGCGUAUGUUCAAAUUUGCGUAAAUAAUAUAAAGAUAAGACAACAUCUUGGAGCAGAUUUGGAUAUACUUGAAAAGGUUCGUCAAGAUCGCAACGAUAUUUUCCAUUCGGGUACAUGUAGUCUACCUGACGAAUCUCUAAAAAGGGUUGUUGCAAACGUAAAGGACAUGCUUAAAAUGCGAACACUUAAUACUUUCCAAUCAGAAAUAAAAUCCCAGUUUGAUGUUUUGCAGAAGUUGGAGCAAUUCCAAAUUGAAGUUAACGUUGGUCAUGAAAUACAAGCCCACAAAGAAGCACUGAGAUACAUAAAUGAAACAAUGCAAUAUAUCAAAGAAUGCACACAUACCAACAACGUAAAUACAGACCAACUACGAGUGCAAGUUUCACAAUUAGCGCUUCAAGAAGAUCAGCACAUGAGAUUCAUUAAAGAAUGCUUCAGUAAAAUUAAACGUAAUAUGGAUACAAUGAAACUAUCUUACGAAAGGUCUGCCAGCGUUCUGAUGGAACACUUGAAAGAUGUGAGCAACAUAACACAAGCUGUAUCGUCAAAACCAGAAGCUUACGAAAGCCUUUUAAAGGAACUUGUAGAAUGCAAACAAGGUAUUUGUGGACUCGAGGUGGUAACACGUGACAUACACGACACUGUAAAAUCCAAUGAGAAGACAACAUCAGAAACAAACGCAUGUGUCAAACGGAUGCUACUUGAAAUGGAGGAAUUGAAGACUAGCUUACAAGUGAACGAUAUUCAAGUGAAACAAAUGGCAAAUGUACAGAAUGCUGGUGGAAAAUGUGGAUAUACUGUCAAAAUACCUGCUGCACCGCUUCAUGGAAGUUUGCGAUCGCCACGUAUUCCUGACGCCUCACUACAAUACCGCAAUGGAAAAAAGACAAGGUUCCGAGAGUACGACGUGAACAGGAAAAACAGGGUGAUCGCAGAAAAGAAAAGCAUGGACCAAAAGUCAAUGACACGUGUGGAGAAAGAAAAGCAGCACAAGCCUUAUCAACUCUAAAACAUGAUCAAGGUGAUGUCUCGAUAACAAAUUCCUGCGUAGUUUUGAAAUUCAAAUGCCAAGUGAAUCAGGAUAUAAACCCAGAUUUCGUCUGCGGUCAGUUUCAUGCUGGAGAUCAUUAGCGCAUUCUACACGGCAGACGGCACAUACUUUGUGUAUAACCAAAUUAGAACUGCCAAGGCAAAGGAAAUAUCGCGAAGUCAAUAUUACUCCAAUACGGCAGUAAAUUGUCUCUUUAACCGGGCGACGAUAAUCAAAUUCAGAUUCAUUUGAAACCAAACAAUUGGACAUAAUACAAUAUGAAUGUGUGCAAAACGUAGUAAAGGAAAUAAGUUUUAAGCAAUUAACAGAUUUGAAAUACCACGACUAAGGCCGAAAGUUUGUGCAAGUCGUCAACAAACCAUCUAUACGAAAUAACAUACACGCUUUGUAUUGUUUUUCAGUAUUAGUUCUUAAGCAAGACAGUUAUACCACACAACUAUUGGUUCUAUAUCUUCUCUGUACGAAAGUCUACUAAAUUAAGAUAUAGCAAUUUAAUGUAUGGUUGAACAAGUUUGUUUGAUACAUGUAUUAUUAUGUUAUUGUUGCUUCCCUGCUUCCCUUUUUUAUUCUUUUGCAUGAAUAUGUAUGUGGUACAUUUGCCCAAAUUGUACUUUUGCAUUUGAAAUUUACAAUAUUGGAAUAGUCGAUACGGAUUAGAAUUGUAAAUAAGUUUUACUUUAACAAUGUCGAAAAGGUGUAUAAUAAAUUUUUAACGGUAACACUUGAAAACAUAUUAUUAGUUACGAAUUAUUGUUGUAUAUGUGUUAUGUUUUUUAUGCAUCAUGUUAAUUUAUUGAUUGUUACGUUUUGGUUGAUUAUUUAAUAGUUUGUUUGAGUCAGUUACUACAAAUGUAUCAUGCCACCGCGUUGAUUGUGCCUGAUAUAACGUUGCCUGAUAUAUUUUCAUAUCAUGGUCAACAGAAAGUCCUUAUAUCAGUAUUGUGUGGAGGAUGGUCAUAUUACUCGGAAUCAACUAUAACGCAAUCAUUUUUAGUAAAAUAGAAUCAGAUACAACAGAACAAACUAUUUGAUACCAAAUGUAAUGCAACAUCCAUUUGUUAUUCUAAGUAUUUUAGGAUGUUGUAAUAAAUGAUGCUGUCUGUGAUAUUUAAAUUAUUUCUUACGAAUUUUCAAUAGUGUAUUUUUAGGAACUCAUAAUUAAUAAUUAUAUAUGUGAUAUUUAAAGUAUCAAAAUGAUCUGAGAUAUAUUUGCAUAGUAUUUAAUCUAUUUAUUUAAAUGAUGUUGAUCUUUUUUUAUGCCAUUUAGUUUAUUAUUUGUGUCAGUGCCACUCUGUGUCAUGCCACCAGCACAAAGGACCACAAUGGAAAUAUGGGUUUACUCAUUUUUGUGUUAUCCUUGGUGUUGGUGUGUAUGUCAUGGUAUAUUAAGUUUCAUGUAUGUGAUAUUUGUAUGCAUCGUACAUGUUGUAAAUGCCCAUGUAUGCAUUCCUUGUCGAAAUUAAUCUAUCUAUCUGAGAUGUAAUAUAUUUUAAACACAAAAUGCAACACAAACAACACAACACACUUUUUACAAAUAUUAAGCGCUUAUGCCAUGACGUCAUUAUUAACAUGUCAAAGACAAAAGUCAUAUUCUUUCGUGCUAAAACUGCAGCUUUUUAGCGUUUUUUAUCAUCAUGUCUUUAAAAUCGGGGACGUAGAGGUAUGAUAAACAGAAAAACAAGUUAUUGCCUGAGCUUUUUGUAAUAUAUUCGGCUCGGCAAGACUCGCCGUUAUAUUAUUCUAAGCCUUGCCUGAUAUAUUACAAAAAGAUCAGGCAGUAUAUCUAGCUAUCAGGGUUAGAUUAGUCAAUGAUUAAUAUCCAACACUGUAAUGAAGAAGAGCUGAGAAGAUUUGUUUUCUAAAUCACCUGCUUAAUAGUUUCAAAUUACACAAUUUUAAAGGUCUUUUGAAGAAAUACAAAACAUGGUUUUACUCUUUCCAUUUCUAAAGUUGUCAAAAUCUGAAGAUAUGCGUUAAUAUUGAUUAGUGUAUUAGAUAUUGAAAGUAUCUUUAUUUGUAAAUACUAUUUUAUUGACGUUUAUUAAAAUAUUAAACAAAUUUACUAUGUUAUUAUCCAGGUUUAAAAAUGGGUAUUUGAUGAAAUCUGUAUAGUAUUAUUCCGUGUAAUCUUUUAAAAUAUAUUAAAAGAGAGAUACAGCCCAUUUUUUUAAUCAAGCUACUAAAUUGAGAUAACUAUGUGAUGCAAAUAAUAUAUAUUUCGUCAUUUCAGCUACAUUCGAAAGAACCCAAAAUUGACAGAUUGAGGAAAGAACUAUUACAUGCACCUAACGUUUUGCAUGCAUAUUAAAAUAUUUUAAAUAUGCUCAAUUUAGAAAUACAUGUACAAGUAUAAACAAAUGCGAAGUUUGUUAAAAAUUGAAAAAGCAAAACUGCUAGGAUGAUGAAUUAAUAAAAUCCUCAUUUCAAUACUCAGUCAGCGAUAUCUCUCCGGAUGUAUUUUGGUCACAAAUAUGUGUCACGCGUACGUGCUAGAAAAAUACAACUUAAUAGCCGUAUUUAUCAGCUUGAUUAUUUCCCUCUUUGUUUUUAUUGAUAAAGUGGCAAAACACUCCUAAAAGUAAUAUGUGUAUAUACUUUGUACUAUAGUUUGUACUAAUUCUAACAAAGCACAUGUUGUAUUGUUUGUUUGUUUGCUAUAACGGGCUUAACAACGGGUGUUCUCAAUAUCGCAGGUAAAUGUUUGAAUGUUUUGUUCUUGAGAUGUUUUUUAUUGCUAUAUAAGUAUGUUAGUCAUGUGAAAAAAUGCAUUAGGAUUUGACUAAUGAUCAAAAUGUUAUAAAUAUGUAUUAGCAAAUAGACGAACAAUAAGAAGAACAACGGACUAUGUAAAGUUACCUAUUUUAUUACUAACCCUUACCAAAAUGACUUACUCCCGCUUAUAUGUGGCUUAUAUGCGAAGUAUAAGGGAGUUAUAUGCGAUUAAUAAACCGCUUAUAAGUCGCAUAUAAGCAUUCAAAUAUCUUGAAUAAGCGAGACAUAAGUCUAAGGCAGUUAUAAGCGAGAUGUAAGUCAAGAAAUGUUUCGCAUAUAAGCGGAUUAUAUGCGGUUUAUAAACUGCAUAUAACUCCCUUAGAACAUAGCCAAAACUAUCCACUUUUUUCUUUCGCUUAUAUGCGGCUUAUACAUCGCUUAUACGCCGCUUAUACAUCUAAUCCAAGCCUCAAACAGACCAAUCAGUUGAUUGACAUUUUUGUUACAUGACCCAAAUUGAUCAAUCAGAUCAACAACAAGUUUGAAAUUUUCAGUCAAACACUGGUGUGUGCCUUUUUAAUGAUUUCUAACAAUGAUGCCCCAUAAAGAGGUAAAUAUAUAAAUCUUUCUAAUCAGAUACUGUUCAUGAUGUGUAUUUUAUUGUAAUUUUACAAAAUAACACAUUCAUUUUGAUGAAUAAGGUAUUAAAUUAGGACAUAGACAUGCCACAUUUUGUCAAAAAAGGGUGGUGUAAUGGUCAGUGUUUUCUUGAAAACAAUGUCAUAAACUCAAUAUAAUAAUUGGUAAGAUUUAUCUAUUCUAUUAGAUAAAAUAAUGAUAUUUAACGUUUGAAUGACGUCUGUCUGAUUGAUAAAAUGUUAUCUUGACCUUGAGUUUUAUGCGUACGUGACGUAUUCGUUGUAAAAAUGUAAGAAAUUGUAUUUGUUGUAAAUGAUGUUUGAUCGCCGGUUAAGUGACAAAUGCUAUUGUAAGUUAUUACUCCUUUUCUAAAUAUAUUUUAAACUUUUAUUGGUUGCAAUACACUCGUUGAAGGCUUAUCUUUUUGUUUAUGUAACAUUUAAAGCAUGACAACUUGAAUAAAUGGAGUUUAUGACACAAUAAUUGUUGACAGCUUCCCCACCCACUUGCAGGUGUGAUGAACCCUUAAACCGAUAAAGCAGCAACAAUUUAUGUUGCUGUGAUCGGUAAAAGUUUUCCGGCAUUUACCAUUUUUUAGCUCUACUGACUGGCCGAAAGCCGGAAGAACUUAUGUGAUGGUAUGGUUUCUCUCGUCCGUCCGUGGGUCCGUGCGUCCGUCCGUAUAAGCUGCUUAUAUGCAAACUGCUCAAUUUUUUAUAGCUCGCAUAUACAUUGCUUAUAUGGCGCAUAUAAGCGGCUUAUAUGCAAACUGCUGAAUAACUUUAUAGUCCGCUUAUAAACCGCGUAUAAAUCGCAUAUAACUCCCUUAUACCCCGUUUAUAUGUAUCCAAUUUUUAUAUGCGGUUUAUACGUCGCUUACAUCUCAUUUGCAUGUAAAAUCCAAACAUGCGGGUUAUAAGCGACUUAUAUGCCAAACUUGUAAACCGCGUAUAUGCGACAUAUACUUUUUUGGUAAGGGAAUAGCUGGCAUUCUUUUUUGAUUGGUUUAAUUGGGUUGAUACCUCGCUUUGCCGCAUAGAAAAUGCUUUAAUUGUUUAUUAUGUUUAAUUGGCAAUCAAAUCAUGCUUUUAACUACAAUGAUAUGAACUUAUCUGAAUAAUUUAUUCAAUUUUAUAAUUUAAUUUGCGCUAUUAUUAAAACUAUAAACUUUUCCAUAAAACUCAAGCGCGCGUAAUGUAGUUGCUUGAUUAGCGAUAACGUUUUGAUUGUGUCAUAUACGCAACAACAUUUAAAUUAAGUCAAUAUUUAGUCCUUUAAAGCGGGUAUAUACGAUCUUGUCAAAUAUUUAUUAAUUAAUAUAAAAUGUGUAAAAAAAACUUAUUAUACAUAUAUUUCAAUAUAAACUAGAAUAAAAGUUUAGAAGAACAUGUGUCGAAAAGUGCUAAAUAAGCAAGAUAUUUAAUUCUGAAAUCGAAAAAGGCUGUACAGCCGAAUUCGCCAGCAUGCAUAUCAUGCAUAUACGAUGUGAAUCUAAAUUUAGUUUAACGGUUCAUUUGAAAUUCCUGCAGCAAUAUCGAUUCAUACGACACACGAACACUUACUUAAAAGACGAAUGCAUCGGUUAUUGUUGGAAAAUAUGUACGAAUAAUCUUCGUCACAAUCGGCCCGGGACGCUAAUUUGUAUUUGCUGCAUUUUAUGAAAUUCGUCUUAAAUGUAUUAUUGUUAUUGCAUAUUGUGUGUUAUUUUAACAUAUUUGCAUCAAUAUAUAACAAUUAAACACACAUAUAAAUCGUAUAAUCUCGCUUUAAACAAGUCUGUUAUAACGUUUACAUUUUUCAUCUUAAAAAGAAGUGGUAUGUCACUAUGAUAUGUUUGUUUGCUUAAAUCUAACAUGCUAUAAUCAUUAUGUGUUGUAUAUACAUUUCAUAAUUCGAAUUGCUUUAAAUUUGAUUCAAACAUUUUUUCAUGUUUGUAUUACUUUAAAUGUUGAUUGCUACUGUUAAGUUGUUAAGCAGUUUGUAA